UCACAGGUAGAGAGUAGAGGGUAAGAGCGUGUGGGUGAGGCGGUUGGCCUUGGCCUUUCAUAGUUUUCAUGUCCUUUGCGGGCGGCCGAAACUGAAAGCUCAAAGCUCAAACUCAGAGAAAUGAUGGCGUCUCAUACCCUCUCAUCGCUGAGUGUAUCGCCCACUUGGAGUUGGGGAAGGCAAUCUCCUUUAGCUUCUCCUACUACUUCUGUAUCUUCAUCCGCAUCUUUCGCUUCUCGCCGGCGCCGGAGCCACGUGGUUUGUAUGGCCCCAGAUGAAGAGAAGCUGACUCGCCGCAACCCUCUCGAUUUCCCAAUUGAGUGGGAGAGGCCUAAGCCGGGGCGGAGACCUGACAUAUUCCCACAGUUUAGUCCUAUGAAGACACCAUUACCGCCUCCGAUGCCGUAUGACCCGCCGGAGGAAGAUGAGGAGGAGGAGGAGAAGAAAGAGGAGGAAGAAGAGCAAGAGCAAGAAGAGGACUCUCCGGAAAAGAUUGACCCAGAUAAGAAUAAUUCUGUCUUUGGAUUCUGGUAGAACCUGGAUCGGUUCCCUUUUUGUUUUCUGAGUUGAGUUUGUUAGUACUUGUAGUGUUGUAGUUAAUAAGGAGUAUGCUUCUGUAUGAGUUGAAUAAUUAUUUAUGGUAUGUGAUGAUGAUUUUUGGGUAUCGAA